AUGUGCCAAAUCUGGAGUCAGGAGUACUCCGAAUGCCACCACGUCUCUAGGAAUCUAAUCCAUUGUCCUACAUACUACAAGCAACAGAGCGAGGCAAACGGUCUCCUUGGGCGCCUUUUCAACGGCAGUGUUAAGAGAAAGAAAGACUGUGGACGUGUCAUCCCUCACUAUGGAGACCCGGCACCCUUUUGUCCAGCUUGCUCGGUCAAGAAUGACCAGCUAUGGGGUAAUCCGGUUGGCGAUGGGGCCUUGAGGGUCCGUCACCCGCAUAUGAGGGAUGAGUAUCAACACCGCUCCAGAGAGCAUCGUGAAAGAAGCGAGAAUUCAGCCGAAAGGUCCUGUAGAAGAUCAGACAGGCAUGGGCAGCAAGGCGUAUGGAUACCGGGGUUGUACUACGAGCCGGAGAAUCUCGCACAGAGAGACCCCUACAUCCGGUCCGCGGGAAAAGCGCGGCCGGUUAGUCCAGUACAACCACCACCUAGGCCACCUAGGCCACCUGUCGCCACGCAAAAACCGCCCCAUAGACCCGAGCAGAAACGGGAUAAGUCAGAAGCACAUCCGCGAAGUUCAACAAAAAACCGUGAUGAACAUAGACAUCAAGCAUACGCCAGCAAGCAAUCCCACCAUAGAACCGAGAGAAAGGGGGAUAACCCGGUAAAAAGCAACGAGCAUAGACUCCAUGCACCCGCCAAAGAAACCUCUAGCUCUAACAUCCCCCCCCGCUCCAAGAAACCAGUCGAGCCGGCACCGAAGCGUGACCGUCAGCGCCGCGAAACAGACGACAGGGACAGGGACAGGGACAAAUCUGUCAGAAGUAGGAGAUCCUCUAGAAUACCUACCCCUGUGCGUUCCCCCCCGACACCACCCCCCAAAGACCCCCCCAAAGACCCAGGGCGCAAAUGGCCGCCGCCCAUCCGGCACUACAUAGACCCGAUACCGAAGCCGCCGAAGCCGCCGCCCGCACCACCGACGGAGAAACAUCCGCGACUGCGGCGCAAAUCCGGACAAGUCCGCCACAUCCCGCCGUCGCCGUCGCCGCCAUCACCGCCUCCGCUCAAACCGCUUCCCGCGCCGCUGCCCGAGUACCAAGUAUACCUGAACGCGCAGCGCUUCGCCAACGACUACCACCCCCCGGCCUCCCCCGCCAUCGAGAAGAGCAUCGAACCGCCUAUGUUCCGGCCCCCUCUGCGUCCUCCCCCGCAGCGCAGCAAAGGGUACCGCCUAAUCACCGGGACCGGGCACACGAGCGGUUUCCACUUGCGCCCGACGCUGCGCAAGGUUGGGCCGCCGCGCUUCUCCGACGCUUCGUCCGACGAGAGCUUCGUGUGUCGGGACGCGCGGAUGCUGACGGCGAACGCGGGGCGCGCUUCCGGACGAUGCUCACCGGACGGACAUGGAUAA